GCCGUUCAUUUUAUUUUCCUAUUCUCUUUUAGAGUAAAAGAUCUUUCAAAUCCGGCCCAUCGUUUUAAGGUGGAAAAAAAUGUCAAUCAACUCCUUAUGACAGGCAUAGUUACUUUGCACCGUGACUGCAACGCGAUUGUCGUCGAGGGGGGCGCUAAGCAGCAUCGAAAAUUCAAGCGACUUAUGCUGCAUAGAAUCAAAUGGAAUGAGUCGCGUAGGGGGGCUGUUAUCUCAAAGUCUGACUCUGUUGGAGCCCUUGGUGAUGGUAGUAGUCUUUGUCGGUUGGUUUGGGAGGGUACCGUAAAGCAACGAGCAUUUGGGAAAAUACAGUUUAAAACAUGCCCUACUGAACUGUAUGCUCGUGAACAAUUUAAGAAGCGUGAUGUCGAGCAUUAUUGGGAUCUCGCCUACAGCGGUGCAAUCUUAGAGGCUGCUGGAGAUGAUAAUACUUAG